AUCUGGAUCAGGAGAGCUCUGGCAGCAAAGCAGCAAAUUAUUGAAAGGACUCUAAUUCUCAGGUUCAGGACGAGAUGAGCAACUUCCUGCUCACUUAGCCCUGAAGCCCAGCAGUCUGUGCUUGUUCUUGACAUAGGCAUUAAAAAAAAAAGAUGUGAGGACUCCGUUGAAACAGGAACAGCUUCUUUAUUGUCUUAGCUUUGCUUGAGGUUUGAAAGGUCUUUAGAACAAAGAGCAAAAACAGAACAAAGACACACUCACAGCUUGUUUAAUACUCACACUUUUUAUAAGGCCUUUGGCUCCUCCCCUUGGUAGGAUCAGAUUUCACCACAGUGCUCUACCUUAGACUGCUGAGAGUCAAAUCCUUGGCCAGAUUCAGACAUAAUGGAGAACUGGAGUCAAUGCAGCAAGAGGUUCCCACUCACCAAACCUAACUCAACCUGACCAAACUCCUAUCUGAACCCUCAGAUUAAAGUGAGGUUGCUGCUUAGGCCUCCAGUUUGCAACUGCCUCCAUUAUAUCUGAAUUCAGUAAUGAAGGCAGCCUCCUCUGGGACCAGAGUUGAAGGAAGGAAGCUCCUCCUUAUCUGUGUCCUGAUUGGCUUCUGCAGCUGUCCAUCAAUCAAAGGAGGAAGCCUGGAAGCCUUGCAGACUGCAGAGAGGAUGUCAACGCUUAUGUCUGAAUUCGGACAGGGUGACAGAGAAAAGCGAUUUACAUCGUGGGCGGAUACAUACUAUAAGAUUGAUUGCAGUAUCUUUAACAGUAAUAACUGUCCCCGUCUGUACCAGCCAGUUUGUGGUUCUGAUGGCAAAACAUAUGACAACCUAUGCGUGUUCUGUAACACCAUCCUCAGAAGCAAUGGAUCACUAGUGCUGCGUUACCUAGGGGAGUGUUACUAGUGCUGCGUUACCGAGGGGAGUGUUAGAAAUCAGCUGAACUUCAACAAGACCAAGGAACAUCCACUAAAGAAUAUCCAUGUCUCUUCAUGCUUCAGCAUACAUUGAAAAUUGUGUUGCUACAGAGAAAUCAUUUUUUCCCUUGUGGCUAAUGAAAAUCCUGCAAUAUUUGAACAUAUUUUAUCAAUAAAGUAAAUUAUCCAUCA